GCAACCACAACAACCACCAUGAUGUCUAAGAAGUUCCUGAUCGUGGCUUUCUGCCUUGGUGUUGCCGUAGCUGAGGAGAUCAACAGGGAGAAGCGCGGCUUCGUCGGGGGCCACGGCGGCGGAUCCGGCUACGGCGGCGGCGCCCACGGCAAUGGCGGCAGCUUCCUGGUGGUGGGCGGAGCCUCCGGGGGCGGCCACCACGGACCUUCUGGCGCCGACAUCGCCAACCAGGCCGCCGCGCAGGCCACCGCCGCAGCCGCAGGCUUGGGAGGCGCAGCUCACGCAGCCGCCGCAGGAGCCGCCUCCAACGCAGCCGCCGCCGCCUUCGCCGCAUCGCAGACGGCGCAGGCAGCCGCAGCCAGCAAGCAGGCGCAGGCCGCAGCAGUGACGCAGGCGGCGCAGGGCGCGCAGGCCGCUGCCUUCGCCGAGGGCUCCCUGGCCUCCAAGGCCAACAUCGCCUACCAGGCAGCCAAGCUGACAGCGUCCAUGGCCCAGGGCCUCGCCGCCAACGUGGCCACCAUCCUGUCGGAGGCCAAGGCCCUGGCCAGCCAGGCCACCACCAGCCACGCCGAGCAGCAGGCCUUCCUCAACGGCCAGAGGACCAUGGCGUGGCAGGCGCAGCAGGCCGCCAACUCGCUCAACCAGCAGCAGUACACGGCGCUCAGCGACCUGGAGGACGCCGCCGGCGCCGCCGCGCAGGCCAGGGCGGCGGCCACCAAGGCCCUCUCCAAGGCCAAGGGCGCCUCCGGCUACGGCCACUAGACAUCUGGGUGAUGAACGUAUUGGUGGUUUCUAAGCGAGAAGAUUCUUUCUCGC